UGUUUUGAAAGGUUUUUUUACAGUUUGCUAUAAUUAAAAGCUUACUAUGCAACUGUGCCUUAGUAAUCUUAAAUCGAAUUAUUUUUGAAGAAUAAACUGGUUUAGAAAACGAAAUAAUAUGUAUUACGUCAUUAUUACCCCACAAAGUAUUUGAAAGUUAUGCAUCACGUCAUGCAUUAGCUAUGUAACUCAUUCUAAAAAUAAGCCAAAAAGCAGAAAACUUACAAAUUACAUUAAUUCAAAGCAUAUUGUGAAUAAAGUAAAAGGAAUUACUCGAAAAAUUUGUAUGGCGGACGAGGAAUGGAAGAUUGAAGUUGCUCCAAAAGUUCGAAGGCAUUUUUCUCGAAACUGUGAUUUCUGAGUUACGUCACUAUUGUUUUUAGCAGGCAAUAUGUACGUUUGUGUUGCAGUCGAAAGGAAUCUGACGAAUCGAGUAGGAGAGAUAGUCGGAUUUGGCGAGACAACUGAAGAUAACCCCACAAUGCCUUGUACCUUACAGAGGGCCUACAUUCAGAUCUUCACAAACAGAGAAUGCAAUGAAUUAGAGCUACCUUCAAACAUACCCAGUCCACGAAUUUUAUGCGCUGGCGUUAUUGGUGGAGGGGUAGACAGCUGCCUGGGUGACAGCGGUGGACCACUCCAAGUAGUAGACAACGGAAUGUUCGUUCUAACAGGAAUUGUUUCAUUCGGAUUUGGGUGCGGAAAAGUUGGAUACCCCGGCAUCUACACAAAUGUUUAUUAUUUUCUAGACUGGAUCAAGGAAAACACAUGACAUGAGGAUCAGAAGCACUCGGCUAAAAAAAUACUUCAAGAAUAUUGAAUGAAACCAAAUUUUGUAAAGCGUAAAAUUACCCGACUUUCUCCCGUUUGUUAAGCAGGUCUGCAGUAAAAUCAGUAUCAAAUAAACUGCUAUGUUUCACCAAGUUC